GGAAACGCCUGAAUUUGACUUGGUUUUUGACAAGAAUUACAAGUGGAUUGCAAGUAGCUUUGCAGACAAGAAUGCUUUCAUUGUUGCUUUGUGGAAGGUAAGUGGACGGUUGUCGAUAUAUGGUUGUUUGUAGUUGAAAUCGGAAAGCCUUUUUUAGCUCAUUUGUUGAUUGAGUUCCAAUGACAAAAUAACGAAACUACCAUCAUUUUCUCUGACACCUAUCAUCGUAAAGGCCGAUUCCAAAUGCGCACCUGUAUUCCAGAUCCUGGCUAAGACGCCAGGCACCAUUAACAUUGCAGUUCUAAAACAUGCUUUGGCACUUACAGCGCUUUUUAGAACUCUGGAUUUACCGUUCAUACUAAUCAAAUUGUUAUUUAAGCAAUCUUCCUCUGAAACUUCGCAGACUUCUGAACUCCGUUGAGGUUCAAAAGCGGUCAUGUGAUUCCCUAAAGUUCACAAAUUUUCGCACAUUCUGAAUUUUUCUCGAAGGCACUAAAUAAUGAGACCUUCAUACUGAACUGUGAGUCACCCCGCAUGCGUAGUCAUACUUCGAGUCUUUAAAAUAAGUUUACAUUCCACACUAAGGUGUACAUCGUUCCUGGAAGGAAGUAGUUUGAACCAGCCUUCAGUCGCAAUGAAUAGUUGAGAGUUUUAACCUCUCAGAGGUUGCUUGACUAACUUUCAGUAAACACAGAAUAGAUUGUACCUGAUAAUUGUAAAUGUUGUGUUUUAGGUUUGCACAAGAUAUUUACCUCAAAGGAAACCAGCGUUUGUCAAUGUCAAUCAACAAAGUAUCGAAGGUUAUUAUUAUGGGACUGUAACACUGGCCAUAAACGAGGGGGAAGAAGCACUCUAGGGUUGUACACUAGAAGUAUGAUUGCAUUUCCUGAAAAGAAAUAUUCAAAACACAGUAUUGUAAUUAGCCUGUGAUUAUGUACAGUAUUAUUAUUAUUAUUAUUAAUUAUUUUAAUUGUGUGAGUGAACAGUGGUCAGUAAGUCACUGUCAAACCAGAAGGCACUUGGAGACUGCAUUUCCUCCGCCAGCGAAUUAAGUUACUGUAUGUUUCAUGCAUAAAUUAUACAAUGGACUAAUUACGCAUUCAGUUUACUCUGCCGGGCAAAGCAAGACAAACUUUUGUUCAUUUCUCAUCCAAUUUUCAUUCAUAUUAACCAAAAUUUGUCCUUUGGCAAAUUCUCGUAUUAGUAUGUUUGGUGUUUUAUAAAUAUCGCUCUUUCCUCUUAUCUAGAAUCUACUUCUCCCCAGGCCAUCGGCAUCGUGUGAAGGUCACACUUUCUAGGGAGCCUAUACUAGAUCGCGUAAACAAAAUUGCGUCCAAUCCCAUCAUGUACAUAGAAUAAUGGUUGCUUUCGCUUUAUUAUUUAAACUGCGAUACGUAUACUAACAGUAUCUUUAAAAAAUGUGUAACUAACGAUGAUCAUCUAUUGUAUUGAAUAGAAACCUUACGUUCAGGAGCUUCUCAACUGUCAUCAUCUUCACAAGAAGAUGAAACAAUUGAAGGUGAGAAUCAUCUUUCCUACUACUUAUACAAUAAUAGUAAGGCUAAGAAGGGGCUAAAGAUGGUCUAAUGCCUGGUAAAAUCACAGCACGCAACGAUACUUACAGUACGUACCGCGGAGGUUCACUAUCACGUUCUGGUACCUCUUUUCUUUCCCAGCCACAUGCAGUACAACCUAGCAACGCGAUACUCGUGCUGUUUGCGUACUUAUAUUUUACUGGUACCAGUCUUGACCAGCAGCAAACUUUUCAAGGUGAUCAAAACCGUAAAUCCAGCAUCACCGGUGGGAUGAGAUUGUUUACGGAAUGUUGGAGUCAGUUGUAUGUGUAUGUAUAUGUAAUUGUCCUCCAUCUUUGAAUACAUUUUAGAAGCUGUACUUUAUGUACCUUGAGCUGUUAUUUAUUUAUCUUUAUUUAUUAUUUAUUAAAAACAUCUUUUAACAUGGUAGCUAAUCAACUAAAAAUAUUUACAAGGUUGUCGUUGCUUUUCAUUAGGCCGUGUACUUACAGACAGUAUAAGAGAAAAAAUACUUAACCUUUGACGUAUUCCAAUGAUCAUGUAUUCUGUUUUUUCCACAUUUAAUUUGUUUGAAAGAAGCCAUUGAUAAAUAUUUUCUAAUUCAUUAUUUAAGGAUUCUUCCACAAUACAUAAACUAGAUGAACGCGCUGUAAUAUUUGUGUCGCCAGCAUACAUUGUAGCAUGUGAGUUCUCCAAACAGUUAGGGAGGUCAUUAACAUAAAUCAAAAAUAGAAGAGGACCAAGGUUUGAUCCUAGUGGAACCCCACAAUUUACUUUCUUUGAGGACGAUGUUGCAUUAUUGACCACGCAGAAUUGUUUUCUAUAAUGCAAAUACGAUUUAAACCAGUGACACAUUUUACUCAACAUUCACUUCUGCACCUGGAAAUUCCUGCCUGCCUCAUGAUACCUGUAGCCCGUAUCCAGACAUGCCAGAUAUUCACAUCAGUGUUGAAGGAAUUACCAGACUUCUUGAAAAUCUUAAACCACACAAGGCUGCAGGACCUGAUGGCAUCAGACCACGAGUAUUAAAAGAACUAGCUCCAUCUAUAGCACCCAAUCUCCAAUUGAUAUUCACAACCUCGCUCUACAGUCAUGCUAUCCCAGAUGACUGGAAGUUGGCCUUAAUUACACCAGUCUACAAAAAAAGGAGAAAAGCACUGCCCAAAAAACUACCGCCCAAUAUCACUUACCAGCGUAUGCAGUAAGCUGAUGGAACAUAUUAUAACAUCUAACAUGACGACAUGCUUCGAGCUACACAACGUCCUCUACCAGCUGCAACAUGGUUUUAGAUGCGGUCGAUCUUGUGAGACAUAGUUGCUUGAGCUUACAACAAUUUUCAAGCAAACCUUAACGCGACAGCGCAGACGGAUCUUGUAAUCAUGGACUUUUCAAAGGCCUUUGACAAGGUCUGCCAUAACAAGCUCCUAGCAAAACUGGACUUCUACGGUGUACGAAGUGAUAUUUUGCAUUGGAUAUCGUGCUUCCUUGAUAGUCGUCAGCAGUGCGUUGUAGUCGAGGGAAAACAGUCCCCAUACCUCCCAGUCCUCUCUGGUGUUCCUCAAGCUCCGUUAUCGGCCCAAUCUUGUCCCUUGUGUACAUAAACGAUCUCCCGGAAUAUGUUCAAUCCAAUGUACAUCUCUUUGCUGACGACACAAUUAUGUAUCUGGCAAUUCACUCAGAAGAUCAGUGCGCUCAACUACAAUCAGACAUAGACAACCUACAAUCAUGGGAGAAUGAUUGGUUAAUGGAGUUUAACUCGGACAAAUGUGAAGUCCUACGAGUAACGCGCAAGAAAUCAAUGAUCCAUCAUAACUAUACUCUUCACGGCAAAGUCCUCAGGUCCGUCACAAGUGCCAGAUAUCUUGGAGUACAAUUAUCACACGAUUUAAAGUGGAACUCUCACAACAGUAAUGUUAAUGCCAAAGCAAACCGCACUGUAGGGUUUCUGAAAAGAAAUCUGAGGGUAAAAGAACGUGAACUCAAGCAAAAGGCAUAUGUUAGCCUUGUACGCCCCCAGCUAGAGUACUGCUGCAGCGUUUGGGAUCCCCUUCAACGCAGAGCGGCGAGAUGGACCCUAGCACGCUUUCAUCCACAGGUCAGUGUUACUGAAAUGCUAAAUGAACUUGGGUGGCGCUCUCUUGAGGAAAGACGCAUUGACGCUCGUCUAGUCCUGAUGUACAAAAUUGUCCAGGGCCUUGUGCCAGUCAGCUGUUCAAAUCUUCUUCGUCCUGCAUUCAGAAGAUCUCGAAAUACACAUGAACACUCAUUCCUACCUAUAGUCUGCAACACGUCCUCCCACUACCUGUCCAUUUCCCCAAGAACAAUUAACCAGUGAAACAGUAUUCCUUCAAACAUUUUUACAAAUUGCAACACAACUGACACUUUUCGUCAGCGUGUUUCACUGCUGUCUCAUUCUAGUAAUGUUUAGUGUGUUAUUGCGACCCUCGGCCGAGCUUGGGGAUCGGGGACCGUUUAUCAUCCCGGCAUCCAUAUUCAGUAACCAUGAAUCGGUAUUUUCUAAAAGAGCCGUUGUAGUUGAAUGACAUUUUCGAAACCCAGACUGACAUGCAGGAUAUUGUUUUCGGUUAAAAACAUAUUCAGUGCCGUAGCCAGAAUGAUAAUUGGGGGGGGGGGGUACAUAUUCAUAUAUUCGUGUUCACAUACCAUAAAAACAAUUGAUUUCAAAAGAAAUUAAUAAAGCAGAACACGAAUAUAUGAAUAUGUGCCCCCCCCCCCCCUGGCUACGGCACUGAACAUAUUGAGUUGUGAACAAACAAGUUUCUCAAAAAGUUUCGCAAUUAUCGCGAGUAUAGAAAUAGGUCGAAAAUUACCUCGCUCCUUUCUGCAUGUCACCGGAUUUAUAAAUUGGACUUACUCUUGCUAUUUUAAUAUCACCAGGAAAAAUUCCAUUACUUAAAGAUGCAUUAAAUAUCAAUGUUAAAAAUGGGGCGAUGACGUAUUUCGAGUCCUUUAUAAGUUUGACUGGAAUAUUAUCAGGUCCCACAGACUUAGAUGUAUUUAAUUUACUAUUUAUAAGGAAGAACCUGAGUAUGAAUGUCUGAGAAAUUUAACUUCGUUUGAGCGCUAACAUAUUGCGUUAAAACGCAACGUGUAUCAACGUGCAAUGCAUAUAAUUUUUAUAGAUUUUAGACAAUCGAAAAUACAGAUAAUUCUACCGAUUCCGAUCGUCUACCGAUAAGGCAAAAAUCGGCCCGAUACCGAUUAUUGGUCAAUCACUAAUUACAUUCCUUUGUAUGGUUUGACCUACUGUACUAAAUAUAUGGAUGAUUAUAUUAAUAGAACUCAUUCCCAUUAGAAACUGUUUAUUGUAAUUUAGAUGACUAUCAACAGCUUGCACCAGGUGAAGAAAAAGACUUGGAUGUGACUAUGUCAAGAUAUGAAUGCGCAAUCAGCAAUAUUGAGGCAUUCACUGAGAAACUUUCCAGGGAUUUAUCUCUGUUAGAUGGUGUAAGUAUAUAUUAUCCACACAUAUUAUAUUUUGUGAAAGUUUGUGUGCCGAUUGAUAAUGAUUUUAUUUUCGCGCAGUUCUUUGAUUCUUGUGUGCAUGCGUUCUUGUAUAUAUACGACCUUGUAUAUCCGGCGCUCCCGACGUCCAAGAACGCAAAGAACAGCACGAAAUUUUGGCACUGAAUAUAAUAAGCCUCUCCUUGGUAGCAUUCUUUCUACUUCAUUUGUUUUCGCCCGCUACAUCAUUUAAGUAACGGGACAUUGGUCAUUGGAUGCAACCUCAAAGUGCCUUCACGACCCCAUAUUUUCUCGAUUUAAAUAUGAGCUAGUGCAGACUUCGGAGAUUGCAAAACUGUUAUUUCAGGCUAACAUCUCAUCUAUCAUGAGUUCUGAAAGUCAGGUAAAGAACAUAAUGGAAUGUAUUGAUGAAGGUUUGAAAGAACUGGACGAACUGGAAGAAAAACUGGAGAGAUAUGAUCGACUACUUCAGGUAAGGAAUACACAAAACCUUAAACAAACGUAAUCAGUGUUUAUAGUUCGUUCUUUAAUAAAUUGCUGUAUAGUUUAUUGUUGCAUGACCAACCAAUAAAAAACCUGUUCAUACAAGUAGGAGGCGAUCCCAAACCACGUAGCUACAGUUAAAAACUUACAACAUCCAAUAAUACCAAGAAUAAAAGACAUGAAUCAGUCUGUGAUAUUUCCUAGGGCUUCAAGAUGCUAAUCUUUCGGUUUUGUUUUGGCCCUCUUACUGCCCACUUUCUCAUUGGGCGUAACUCUAUCUGCAUAGGGGGUAGAAAAGUAACUGUACAUGGCGAGACUCAAGACUAAUUUAUCAGGCCAGUACGGCUUCAAUAUCUCAAUAUUUGACGCAGUACGCUUACAUGUACGCUUAGCGCAUUAUGGAAAACCAAGCUAACUAUGUGUAGUUUGAAUUCGUAAAAUGACAAAUAUUUCUUGCAAACGUCGGGAAAUGAUUGCAUUUAAAUAUACACCAAUCUACGAUUGUUCAGAAAGCUCGUGAUCAUAUGGAGCAUAUGGAUGAGAAGAAUAAAAGGAUGCAAUUGGAACGCGCUAAUCACAAAAAAUUAUCUGACGAAGUUCAAAAUGUAGUUGUAAGUAUUCAUCUUUACCCCCACUCUAUUUCAUUUCUUUCACGUUGAAAACAAAAAAAACUUUUCAUGCUGUAAAAACUUUAUUUUUUAAAAGAUUAUUGCAAUGUACCACAUACGGAAAAUAUUUAUUAAAAAAAUGGAUGCAUGUCAAGUCUUUGUUUAAUAAAUUCUUUGUUUAUAUUCCAUAUUUUCUUUUGAUCAUUUGAUGAAUUUAGUAAUAUUCUUGUUAUAUAGUAUUUCUAAAAGUGAGAUUUUAGCUACUUUGUCGCCAUAAUCCAAGCCAAAUUAUAAUUAGUAAUGUGGAGAAGCAUUAUACAUGUAUUGUAUGUCCAAGGAACACAUUUUAUAUUUAAUUUGUAUAUUCAUUAUAUAGGACAUUUUGGACGUGCCUGAAGCCACUCUCGGUCUAUUGAGAAAGAAAAGUUUAUCAAAUGCCACUGAGUUACAGCAGUGUACUGGAGCUUGCAAAGCAGUUCGCGAUGCCAUGAGUGCUGAGCUUAGUCCAGGUAAAAAAUAAUGUUUUGUGGUAUCAUCUCGAGAGCUUGGAAUCGAUGCGGGUAGUACCCAGUAGCGUAGCCAGCCCGACGAUUCAGGGGUGAUUUAUAGGGGGGUGCACACCCCUGUUGACCUUGGUCAAAUAUGGCACAAUUUUCAAGGUUUUUCCUUUCUUGAAGUCAAACUGAAGCUCAUAAUUCAAUGCCCAUAUUGCAGGAAAUGGCAUUCACUGGAAAUUUUUUUUAAAUCCAUAGAAGGUCAUAGAAUGGAAAUUGUAUGGACCUUUAUUGGAAAUAGAGUGGAUUUUGGUUAUGCAUAAUAAUUGUAUAUUUCCAUAGUAUGGAUAUGGAAAUAGGAUGGAUAUACUAUGGAUUUAGUGGUGCAAUUGUAAAUUUCGUAGUAUGGAUUUCACUUUUUUUCCCAGUGAUUUCUAGAGUUCUAAUUUUCAAAAUUUUCCGGGGGGCAUACCCCUGGACCACCUGGGGAGCUUGAGCCUUCGGCGCUCAAGUCGCUAGGAAGCCAAUUCAUUUGAAUGCUCUCCCACCACCACCUAAAUAAUUAUAAAGAAACACUCGGCUGCUCACCCCCUAGAAAAACCUUGCUGGAUCCACCCCUGCGUUUAGUCCCGCUAUGCAAAUAUUUUCGUGUUCAUUGACUGUAGAAAACAAUAGAAUUUCUAAAAGAAAUGAAUAAUUAUAAUAAUUUUUGAAUUUUGCAUAGCUGGGACUAAAUUGUCGGGCUGGCUACGCCACUGGUAUUAGUACCAUUUCACUCAUGGGGGUCAGAGGGCACGCUACUCGUAUUGUUUAAGAUGCUUUUCUUUAUUUAAACCAACUUUUCGAAAAAUCAUAUAAAUAACCAGAUUAGUGGGACUCUGGUGCUUCUGGUAGCUUCACCGUGACAUGUCUUUGGCCAGUGGGGUCGGUUGUUCGAAAUCGAUUAUAAGCAACCUUAGCCAGAAGCCUAAAAUUUAAAGCAAACUGCCAAACUUCCGACAGCUUGUUUUAUAAAUUUGGAAAUGGAUUCUUUAGAAAUCAGUAGGAGUUUUCUUCUUUGAAGUUUGAAAUAAACAGACGAUGCAGAAAUACAUAAUUUAAAACAGCAGGUAAAAUUUAAGCCAAUGGUUAGCGCUAAGGGGCGGACCAUUAGAAAUCCCGGGAGGUGGGGUAUAAAAUUUUUGCGGCACGAAUUUUUUUUUCAGUCUCAUGUCUCUGCAGGAAUUUUUUUAAUGCAUUUAACCUCUGCACAAAUUUUUUUUCAAGACUACUUGUACUUUGCUGUUUGCUUGCACGAAUUUUUUUUCUCUGACGUAAUGGCUGCACGAAUUUUUUUUCCAGGCAUUUUUCUUUGCAUGAAUUUUUUUUUGGGAAUUUUCACCCCCCCCCCCUCCCGGGAUUUCUAAUGGUCCGCCCCUAAUGCAGCUUUGAACAACCGGCCAGAACAUUUCAUUCAGAACAUUUCAUUUUCACGUAAGUUGGUGUCAAGUUCAUUUUCCAGUGAAACUGUCCACUCCAGUUUUCUCCGGUGCCCCCAUUAUUAUAUUAAAUCAUGUUUAAGUAGUAUUUGAAUGUUUAAAUGUAUUGUUGGUUAGUGCAUUAAUUAUCGUUUGAAUACCAUUUUCUAACGUAAUAUAUUACUUUGUACUAAGGGUUGGAAAAACUUCGCGCAGUGAAAGAGCAAAGAGACCAGUUUUGGAAUCUCUGUCAAGAAUUUGCGACCUACCUGGCAUCGCAUUUGAAAUCUGUUUUCCAGAGUCGUGUAAGUAAAGCAGGAGAAUGAUACUUCCACAACGUCGUACACCGCACUCUUGAUUGUUUUUUGAAAAACUCACUCGUGCAUGUGAAACCAUGCUCUUUACGGUACGCAUGCUAACAUAGUAACAUAGAAAUGACUUAACUGUUUUAGGAAGACGAGACAGAGACACUGGUCAAACAUUCCAGUGAACUUGUUAUCCCCAGUCACAAUAAAAUCCACGAUGAACUGGCUCCUUACACAGAACUCAUGUUAUGGCUGAAGGAAAUUGAUCACUCAAAAUUUACCGAAUUAAUUCAGGUAGGUAAUACUAGGUAUAGUUCUCACUUUUCAUGAAGCUGAGUGAAAAUGAUGUGAACUGUUCACAAGACUGAAGAAAGCGCAGGCAGAUCCAGGAUCAGGCUCAUCUGAUAGAAGGUUGCAUGUUUUGCUGCGUGGGGUUGGGUUGUGUGAAAUAUGACAUGAAAAUAAUAUGAUUGAGAAGAAGUAGGAGUAUACGCACUCCCCCACCCGCCCUCAAUUCCAGUCUCCCUCACAUAACGUUCUUUACGGGGUGAUGCCCAGGCUGAUAUUUUUGUGAUUGAGAAUAGUUCAGGAGUAAAUAUGGUGAAAUAACAUUUGACGUACAAUACAUAUAUAAAGAUUGCAUUACAAGGAAUGCAAGCGUAUUUUCGAAGAAACUGGACAUUCUAAUUUCCUGUUCAUAACUAUUGGUAAUUUUCCAAAAUAAGCUUCACGAAUUGAUCGUCAGAAAUGAAAUGGAGAACUUGGAUUAUAAGUAGACAUUAUUAAUGAGACAUUUUAUACUUCCCCUAGAUUUAUACGCAAUGUUUUAGCAAAGUUUACGAGAAAGAAAUUCGGGAUUUCUUUGAAGUUUCCAAACAAAGAUGUUCUGCAAGGAGUGCAAAGGCGGCAGGUAAGCCAUUGAUUUCCUACUUCAUAUUUUCCUGCAUAUAAUAUUGUAUUACCAUACAACUAUUGUGCAACCCUGUAUUCUACUGUACAAAACUAUAUCUUACUGUACACCACUGUAUUUCACUGUUCUUCAUUUCGAAGAUGCUUCGAAAACCUCAUUCAACUGGACGGAUGUUUCCUGUUGACUGAAACAAUUUCUGUUCAAACACGAUUGACAAAUGGAGUUAAAUCGCUCUACGAUAAGCUGCAAUGUUACCCCCAAUGCACUUGUAUCAUAGUACCUUUCUGUAUAUUCCACUAAUCCACUGUACUUCAAGCCCUGUUAACCACUGUAUGCAACCUUUCAUAACCAUACCAUUGUGUACUACCGCUGCGUUCCACUGUACACAACUGUACCAUUCUGUACAUCACUGCACUCCACCGUAUUAUAUGCACUAUGCGCCGCUAUACUCUUUGUACACAACUGUACCAUGCUGUACUUCACUCUAUAAUGUCCGUUGUCAUACAACCAUUGUGCACUAUAUAUACAGUACAGCGUGUGUCUUCUGUAUUGCAAGUCGUGACCUGAUGUUUUCUUUCUACAUGUGCAUAAGUGCGACGUUUUUUCAAUUAUUACAUUCAUUUGACUUCUUUUUUUACACUUAGGAGGCAAUCUUAGAGCUGGUUCACAUCUCUCGUUAAGUCGCGAUGAAGUAUCACAUGCAAGUCCUAUGCUAUCUCGUGUCACAAAGUUCGAUAAAUCUUCCACGGAUAGUCCUCAACUCAAUCGACGUUCACCAACGGGAUCACUAAGUUCUCAAGAUUCUAUUUUAUCCUCAGAUAGUGUGUCUGAGAAUCGAAGUCGAUUUGAUAAGGUACUGAUGCACUGUUUGCGGUAAAUGAGUUUGUGAUGGUAAUUUAUAUUUUUAGUAAUGAGGCGACCUACUAUAAACUAUGUCAAGAUAUUUCCGGGUGAUUUCUGAUCGUGUUAAUCAACCGGUUGCUUGUGCGAGUUUUUACUACUUAUCAGGGAAACUUUACUGAGUAGAUGAAAUUGGAAACGGCAGUUUGUUUACACUGCUUAUAAAUUACGGAAUGUGCGCCUUUUACCAUAAACUAACGUAUUUAUUAAAAAUCUGAUUGUGUGCGUUUCAAUGAUUUUCUGGUUAUAUAGAUUUUUGAUACUCUGUUGUCAGAACUGGAACCUGCGUGUUUAGCCGAACAAAAGUUUAUUGAAAAGUUCUUCCACAUGCCAUUGCCCAAGGAUGAGUCCGAGGUAAACACUACUGGUAUUGCCAGAGAUUUCUCCAAAGGAACAUGUUUCAAC